AAAGCAUCCAUUACGGCGGCAGUGGGAACUGGGAAGUCAGUCCACUUUUCCUCCAAAAGUCACCAUUUGAAUAGGAACUCGUAGUCCCCCAUUCUCUCUCUCUCUCUCUCUCUCUCCAUUCUUCCCGCAGCUCUAUCUCAGAAGGAUAAACAAGUUUUCCCGGACGCGAGACAGAAACGAGAAAAUGGACUCUACGUCCGUACCCACCACGGGAUUUUACACAAAACUCAGCUACUUGGCCGUUUUGAUUUUGGUUCUGCUUUCUUGCUCCACUUUCACCUGUACGGAAGCUUACGAUCCACUUGAUCCAAAUGGCAACAUUACCAUCAAAUGGGAUGUAAUGAUGUGGAACCCAGAUGGCUACGUUGCUGUUGUCACAAUCUAUAACUUCCAGCAAUAUCGCCACAUUCAGGCGCCAGGAUGGACCCUUGGUUGGACCUGGGCUAAAAAGGAAGUUAUCUGGAGCAUGCAAGGUGCUCAAACCACGGAACAAGGCGACUGUUCAAGAUUCAAAGCAAACGUCCCACAUUGCUGCAAGAAGGAUCCAGCAGUUGUGGAUUUAUUGCCGGGCACGCCGUACAAUCAACAGUUCUCAAACUGCUGCAGAGGGGGAGUCAUAAGUUCGUGGGUCCAGGACCCAGCCAAUGCAGCGAGCUCAUUCCAGCUUACUGUUGGGGCAGCUGGAACAAGUAACGGAACUGUCAGAAUGCCAAAGAACUACACUUUAAAAGUACCAGGUCCUGGAUAUACCUGUGGACCCGCAAAGAUGGUGAGGCCGAGUAAAUUUAUGACGGCAGAUAAAAGGAGAGUCACUCAAGCUUUGAUGACAUGGAACGUCACUUGCACGUACUCCCAAUUCUUGGCUCAGAAAACACCCUCUUGCUGCGUCUCACUCUCCUCCUUCUAUAACAGCACCAUUGUAAACUGCCCAACGUGCACAUGUGGCUGUCAAAACAACAUAACUCAACCAGGGUCCUGUGUACAGCCGGGUUCCCCACAUUUGGCUAAUGCUCUGUCUACUCCAGGAAGAAAUACUUACACUCCUCUAGUCCGGUGUACCAGCCAUAUGUGCCCAAUUCGUGUCCACUGGCAUGUGAAGCUCAACUACAAGGAGUACUGGCGGGUGAAGAUUACAAUCUCAAAUUUUAAUUACAGAAUGAACUACUCACAGUGGAAUCUCAUUGUACAACACCCAAACUUUGAGAAUGUCACCCAGAUUUUCAGCUUCAAUUACAAGUCAUUGACUCCUUAUGCAAAUAUAAAUGACACGGGGAUGCUAUGGGGAAUCAAGUUCUACAAUGAUUUGCUCAUGACAGCGGGUCCAUUCGGGAACGUUCAGUCAGAGAUUCUAUUCUGGAAGGACCAGUCAACUUUCACGUUUGACAAGGGAUGGGCGUUACCUCGGAGGAUCUAUUUCAAUGGCGAUAACUGCGUGAUGCCGCCUCCAGAUGAAUAUCCAUUUCUGCCAAAUGCUAGUUCUGAGACGAUUAUCUCUCUGCUUCAUCCUGUGUUGACUAUUUUGGCUUCAUUCCUAUUAUUGUUGGCUUAUGUCUAGUGAGAUACAUUGGAAAACUAACCCUGUUCCUUAGAUCGCUAUAAGUAUUGGUAUGAUUUCAACCGGAUGAAAAUUUUAAAACCUCACACACAAUAAUUUCUUCGCUUUGUCCCUCUUGAAGUUUUCCCUGUAAGGAGAAAUUAUUUUGGGGUCUGGAUGCAUUUUAGAGUUGUCGUGUGGCUGAAAUCAUACCAAAUCUUAUGGUGAUCAAAUGAACAUGGUUAGAUCCAUGUGCCACAUUUUUUUGAAGCAACAAACCGGGCUUGGAUGAAUGGUAGCAUGUUGCUACUGAGGUCUGCUCUGCUGCUGAUAUAUGUACUACAGUCAAGAUUUACAAAGGAUUUAGGUUUAGCUUCUGGAAUCCAUUAAUCAUGUGAACUUUGGAACGUUGUAAGCUUAUACGCCCUUGGCGUUGUCCUGUUCUAAAAUAUAAAUCAGAGGUUCGAUUUUAUUCGCAAGAUUGAAUC